AUGCAGAAAAAGCUGGUGUCCGAGUUGGCGAUGAAGUCUUGCAGGUCAACCUUAUCGAUCCAAAUGUCCUUUUUUGGCGUCCGGCGGAGGAAAUCCUUCCUGCGAUUGUUGGCCCUGUGCUUCUGCAGUGGCGGAGGCGCCCAGCCCAGAAAGUGGGCGAGCGAACGCGGAUCAACAGCCGGCGAGAGAAGCUGUAUUAUCACGACGAUGAGGAUGGCUUGA